AUGCUUCCACCACUUGACACGCGCAAAAUAAACGCCCUCUUACGUGACGGUGAUGAGGGUGAGGAGCUUGAGUGCGAUCCUGAUGAUCACAUAGGCAUGCUCAAAGGGAUGAUCGCGGAGGAUAGGAAUUGGUCAGAGGGCGUGUUGAUGUUACUGGAACUAUGGCCAAGAACCAACCCACGAUUCUAUCGCAAGAAGCCUAUGAGCACAAGCCAUCCUUUAUACCGCUCGGGAGGACCCAACAAUUGGUGGAUUGAACUCAACAACGUGUAUUUCGGUCCCCUCCGCCUCAAACCGAGCUCUGGCGGCGUCAUCAACAUCUACACUUUCGGGGAGUACGCCAAGUCUUUCCAAAUAAUGGGUUGUCGUCAAAAUUGGGUUGCCAUGAUCUCGUGGAUCUGGGAGUACGCCAACAAUCUUGAUGCUGUGAAGCGGAAGAGCGAAGGUUCGGCGCUCCAGGCUCUGGUGUAUUAUGCCUUUAUUAAUGCAUUUGCAGCAUCCAAUUUCUCCACCAGAGCAAAUGAUCAACGUCGGCGCGUCGAGAAGCCUUUACUCCAUCAAGUUCUACACCCAGCAAAAUUCAAGGCGCAACAUGGAAGGUUGACGAAGGCGAAGGCGAAAGAACUAGCUGCGGCUCCAAAGAACCCAGACUCUGAGAUGCACGACGUUGAUGCCAGCUCCACUGCCUCAGAUAUGGCGAUUUCAUGUGGGAAUACGAGUCUGGCAAUACAAACAAUGGGCAUGAGGGAUGAUCAUAGGACUCCUGAUGCUACGGCUGUGGACAUUGAUUUCGAGGCCUUGGACGUGGUUGAUCACGACUCGUGA